AUGUUGGAAUCGGAGAAGUACAAGAAAAUGCAAAACAUGAAAUGUUAUGCAUAUAUCGUUGCUGGGGUUGUCUUUCAAACCAUCAUAAUUCUUGUUUUCGCGUUAACGGUCAUGCGUAUCAAGACUCCUAGGGUUAGGGUAAGAUCCGUGACGGUCCAAAAUCUCAACUAUAAUGCUUCGGGAGCCCCUCACUUCAACAUGACACUGAUCAUGGAAAUCGCAGUGAAGAACACGAAUUUUGGUCACUUCCGGUUUGAAAAUACCACUGCUAACAUUACCUUCGGAAGCGUGGUGGUGGGUCGUGGUGAAAUCAUCAAGAGCCGUGCCCGUGCUAGGAAGACUAAGAGGAUGAAUGUGGCGGUUGAUAUUGUAAGCUCAAGUGCUAUAUCUGAUGGAAAUGAUGAGCUUCGUACUGAGUUGAGCAGUGGGACUUUGAGGUUGGCCGGAGUGGCGAGGUUGAGAGGGAAGGUGACUUUGAUGAAGAUGAUGAAGAAAAGCAAGACUGCAGAGAUGAAUUGCACUAUGACGGUGAAUUUGAGCAGCCAUGCUCUUCAGGAUUUGGAUUGCGAAUGA